AUGGAUCAUUCAUCACGAGAUGAAGAAUGGGAUGCUCUCCCGUAUCAGCCAUUGGGAGAAGGACCAACCCCAGCCGCUCAUGGUCAUCGCAAGACGAGCCUAUUUCUCUGUGCGUUUCGGAUAGGCAACAAAAUUUACCAUCGUGGUUUCUGGAUCAGUGCCUUCCUGUUGUUCAUCGCAUUGGUUGUCUUUAUAAUCGAUGGCUCUGGUCACCUCCGCUCCUCUAGUUUCCGUUCGGCAAACUCGGCUGAGAUACCUGCACAAAGCGCGGAUCCCGGUGUGAAAAUGCCAGGAUCUUGCACAACAUGGCCGGUCGCUGGCGACUACUCCUACAACGAAUCUGCCGCGAAUCGUCAAAGCAAGCUGCGCCUCGAUAGCUAUGCACCAGCGGGUGGAUGGGAAAAACCUCAGGGCACUCGAGUGGUCGCCGUCGUCUUCUACGGUCGCCGCAGGACCGUCGAUAUACUAGACUGCUAUCUGCAGCAGAACCUCGCUCGCAACGGUGGCUAUGUUGACCAAGUUCAGUUCUUAUUACAUACUACCGACCAAGCCGAUAUCUCAUACAUCAGCCAGCUUGCUUCACAAACUGCCGAAUAUCGUGUCCUGGGCCCUGGAAAUUGUAAAGGAAACGAUUACGGCUGCAUGUGGGAGUCACUAGUCGAGGAUAAUACCAUCUAUGUUAAAAUCGAUGAUGAUGUGGUGUAUAUUCACCAAGAUGCCAUACCACAGCUUGUGAACACUCGUUUAAAGGAGCGAUUCCCUCUCGCGAUAUCAGCGAAUCUCGUCAAUGCCCCUGUGACAGGCCUGGAACAUUAUCAUUUUGGGGCCAUCCACCCGUUUUUAGUUGACCCAGCUGAUGGGCCAUCAUACGAGGCUUCCGAGAGUUGGCGACCAUCCGAAAAGCCCUUCUACCCCGAGGAUAAGAUGCCUCAUUAUCAAGACCACAACGCUACUCUGUUUCCGCACCCACCAUAUCAAGGUCAUACCUGGUUACUGAUCCAAGGCGACAACAGCUACAACCUACGCAAGACACCCAUAGGUAUCAACUUUGGGCGCAACGCUGGGCUUCAUGACCUGUACAUGACGGCGUGGGAGUCUUGGGCCUGUGGCGCGCAGCAACAGUACUCGCUGCUGCGAAAUAUCGAGCUGAAUCAAGUUUCAAACUACUUCUUUGGACGGCCCAUCAGAUAUGCCACUGACACGUCCAUGUCACCUUUGAAGAGCCCGGAAACAGACACACAGCCAGGGGCGGAGCAGCUCUUCGACACCCAGUACAAGCGAAGCAACAUUAUUUUCAUUGCAAUGUGGGGUCACGAUAUCAAGCUUACGCUGCCUCUUGGAGAGGAUGACGAGCUAGACAUGACUCUCUAUAAACCUAGGAAGCUGAAGCGACCGUUUGUUGUUGACACACGCAGCGUUAUUGCCCAUUUUAGCUUUGGUACACAGGCUGAUGGGAUGCGCUCGACUGAUUUGCUCGAUCGGUGGCGGGCCUUGGCCAACGAACUCGUUUGCAAACCAAAUAACCUGAAGGCGCCGUGGGACAGACGGUGUCCUGGAUUCUAG